AUGGCCGCGGCCCCGCUGGGCGGCGCCGCCGGGAGCCUGCUGCAGUUCCUGAGGCUGGUGGGGCAGCUCAAGAGAGUACCACGAACAGGCUGGGUGUACAGGAAUGUAGAGAAACCAGAGAGUGUAUCAGAUCAUAUGUACAGGAUGGCAGUCAUGGCUUUGGUAACUGAAGAUAAACAACUUAAUAAAGACAGAUGUGUACGGCUAGCUCUGGUUCAUGAUAUGGCUGAAUGCAUUGUUGGAGAUAUAGCACCUGCAGAUAACAUCUCCAAAGAGGAGAAACAUCAGCGAGAGGAGGCAGCUAUGAAACAUUUGACCCAGCUGCUAUCAGACGACCUGAGAAAAGAAAUCUAUGAACUCUGGGAAGAAUAUGAACACCAGUCUACAGCAGAAGCCAGAUUUGUAAAAGAGCUGGAUCAGUGUGAGAUGAUACUCCAAGCAUCUGAAUAUGAAGAGUUGGAAAAAAUGCCUGGAAGACUGCAGGACUUUUAUGAUUCAACUUCAGGAAAAUUUAAUCACCCAGAAGUCGUCCAACUUGUGUCUUCCAUUAAUAUAGAAAGAAAUAAAAAAAUAGCUGCUACAGCAAGUGAGCCAUGUGCUUGAUUAAUUUUAAAACUUCUGUAGCUAAAAUAAAAUAUUUAUUUUGCUGCUACAGCA